AUGGUCCAUUGUUCCGGACGACAGCUGAGACCGGCCGAGGCCCCGGGAGAUGCUGAUGCCGAUGCAGAUGCAGAUGCAGAGGAGGAAGAUUCUGUUACUGAAGUGGCAGUAGAAGACAUUCGUCCAAGGCCACAAGGAUCCUCUCCAGUUUAUGAGUAUCCCGAAGAAGAAGACUAUUUAAAGCCUCAAGAAGAAAACAAAAAACAUUCUACAGAUAAAUCAAAGCAGAGUCAUCCACAGGAGACAAUGGAAGUGACUCUGAAAACAGAAGUGGAAGCUGGAGCUAGUGGUUUUAGUGUAAAAGGUGGAGGAAAUGAAGGAAUAUUUAUUAAAAAAGUACUUAAGGAAUCUCCUGCUUCAAAAAUAUUUAGUCUUAAAGAAGGUGAUCAGCUUCUAAGUGCUACAAUAUUUUUUGAUAAUAUCAAAUAUGAAGAUGCACUCAAGAUUCUCCAAUAUUCCGAGCCAUACAGAGUCCAAUUCAGCCUCAAAAGAAAAAUUUCUGUGCAUGAAGAUCUGGAACACUCUUCAGCCCAGCACAAAAAGGAAAGGAUAGGCCAGGAAAAUGAGAUCAGUGAGAGUAUUCCUGAAGAAACACUGCAAGUUUCAGGAAAAUCCAUUUCAGAAGAAGACAAGGAAACAUUAAUUGUAAGCCAAAGAGUAGGAAGAAGUAAGAGACCUAAAAAAGAUAGAUUAUCAUGGCCAAAAUUUCAAUCAAUCAAAAAUAAAAAGAUAUUGAGGCACAGAAGAUCUCAUAGUACAUCAGAUGCAUAUGAGCCUGCUUUGCAGGAUAUUUCACCUACAAGCACGGACACAGAGUCUCAAUUUCCACAAGAGGUCCAUACCAAAGAGAAAAAAGGAGGCCAAAGGAAGCUGAAGUUCCCUAGCAUUGGAUUCAGAAUGCACAGGUCCAAACCAGAACCACAAGAGAAGCAAAAAAAAGAAAUAAAAACGACACUGAUCUCUGAAAGAGAAAAAAUGCAUAAUUAUGAUAUAAGCCUGGAAAAUCCCGAAAUUUUAACUGUUGAAUAUACCACCUCUCCUGCUUAUGAAAUGAAGACAGGGGAGGGACAUGAAACUUUAACAAAAGACUUAAAAGAAAUUAAAAAUGGCAUUACAUCUCAUGUAAAACAAUGCCCUGAAGUUGAAAUAAGCAUUAAAAAAGACAAGGAAGCAUCAUCAAAAUUUAAUGUACCUGAAGUACCAGACAUAACAACAGAGAUACCAAAGCCUAGUUUAGAAACUGCUGAUCUAAAAGUGAGCCCAACUAAAAAAUCACCACAAGCCUCAUCAAAAUCCCGAAAAAAGAAACAGAAGGGAACAGCAGAUAAAAAAGAUGGAGAAAGUGGAAUUAACAUAGACUUGAUGGGUCACAGUACUAAAGGAACUGUACAGGUAAAAGGCCUAGAAAUUGGCACUGCUAAAGUAGAAUUAAAGACAUCUGAAACACUGGAAACAGGAGAAAAACAAGCAGAAGAAGACACACAAAUACUAAAUAUUCAGAAAAUAAAUUAUGGAAUUUCAGUGCUCAAAAGAAAAGAGACAGAGACUGAUAUUACCAAACAGGGAAGUGAUGUUCCACAGUCAGUACUGGAAAAAACAGCUGAUAUGACUACAGAGGACAGCAGGAAUUUCAAUGUGAAAACUAGUUUGGCAGAUGCACAAACAGAGGUAUCUACUUGGAAAAUACAAAUGCCAUCAUUCAAAGUGGCCAAAGCACCUAAAACAGACACGAAAAUAAAAAGAGAAGAAAGCAAAGAGGACACAGAAGAUAGGAUAAAAAAGGAAAGCAUGGAGGAAGAUGCCAUGCCCGCAAAUGACAAAUCCUUAAACAUAGAAAUUGAAAUGAAGAGAGGAGAAAAAGAUAUAGAGGGGAAAGAAAGCAAAUUCAGACUGCCGAAGUUAAAAUUCCCUACAUUUACCUGGACAAAUACCAAGGAAGAAACAGCCAUACUUGAAGCACAGAUAACUGACAGGGAAGUACAAGUGCAAACGUUGGAAAAUGCAGGAGGACUUCGAGUAAGUGGACCACCAGAAAAAAUUACGUUUCCAAGUGUUCAAACACAAAUAGGAAUAUCCAUAGGAAACAAAGAUGAAAACAAUAUAGUAAAAAAAGGUGAAGGCGACUUGCCAAGUCCGAAAAAACCAACCAUAAAAUCUUCCCAAAAGGAAAUAAAACCGGAAGAUACAAAAGGAAAAAUCCAGAUUUCAAAACCAGAUAUUGAAAUAGAUAAGUGGGAAUUAGAUAAAAAAUCAAAACCUGAAAUUUCAGAAAUCACGCCAUCUAAAAUCAAAGCUCCCAAGGUAGACAUCAGUCUGCCCUCUGUCGAUGUCACUCUUCCACAAGCCAGCGUCGACCUGCAGGCGCCCGAGGCCAGCCUUAGUCUUGAAGGAGAAGCCAAAGUGCCAGAGAAGGAGGUCACCAAGACCAAGGACGGCAAGUUCAAGAUGCCCAAGUUCGGCAUGCCUUCCUUUGGCUGGUCCAGCAGCAGAGAGGCCAAGGGCACCGUGGCCGCCGAGGUGGACGUCAGCCUGCCGGAGCCUCAGGUGACGGUGCCUUCCGGAACCGCCGAAGUGGAGGUGACCCUGCCCGCGGCUGAGAUCCAAGCGCCCGGUGUGGAGGUGACCGUGGAGACGGGCACGGUAGCAGCAGAGGGUGAGAAAGGCCGAUUCAAGAUGCCCGACGUCAAGAUGCCCAGCGUCAAGCUGCCCAAAGUCAAAGUUCCCCAGGCACAGGUCAGCCUGCCCAAGGCCGAGGUCUCGCUGCCCAAAGGCCUGGAGGGCGAAGUUGCCCUGCAGGGCCCCGAGGCCGAAGCCAGCCUGGAGGUGGCCGCUGGCAAAGCGGAGGGCGGCGGCAUGAAAAUACACAUGCCCAAAGUCAAGGUGCCCAGCGUGGUCUUCUCCAAGCCCACCAUCAAGUCUCCCAAACUGGAGGCAGACGUCAGCCUCCCGCAGGCAGAGCUCAAGGCCACCGACAUCACUGUCACGGCCCCCGAUGUCAAGCUGCCCUCCGUUGAAGGCUCCCUCGAGCUCCAGGCGCCCGACGUAGAUGUCAAAGCUCCCUCCGCCGAGGGCAAGCUGGAGCUGGAAGGCACGGGCCUGAAAGGCAAGCUCAAGAUGCCCAAAUUUGACAAGCCCAAAUUCACAGUCUCCUCCCCCAAGGCCGAGGUGCCCACAGCCGAGGUCAGCCUGCCCAGCGCUGAGGUUGAGCUGCCAUCGGCCACCGUGACAGCCUCAACCGAGGGCACUGGCGUGAAGCUGGAGAAGCCCUCCCUCAAGAUGCCCAAAGCUGACAUCAAAGCUCCCAAGGUGGACGUCACUCUGCCCUCUGUUGAUGUCACUCUUCCACAAGCCAGCGUCGACCUGCAGGCGCCCGAGGCCAGCCUUAGUCUUGAAGGAGAAGCCAAAGUGCCAGAGAAGGAGGUCACCAAGACCAAGGAUGGCAAGUUCAAGAUGCCCAAGUUCGGCAUGCCUUCCUUUGGCUGGUCCAGCAGCAGAGAGGCCAAGGGCACCGUGGCCGCCGAGGUGGACGUCAGCCUGCCGGAGCCUCAGGUGACAGUGCCUUCCGGAACCGCCGAAGUGGAGAUGACCCUGCCCGCGGCCGAGAUCCAAGCGCCCAGUGUGGAGGUGACCGUGGAGACGGGCACGGUAGCAGCAGAGGGUGAGAAAGGCCGAUUCAAGAUGCCCGACGUCAAGAUGCCCAGCGUCAAGCUGCCCAAAGUCAAAGCUCCCCAGGCACAGGUCAGCCUGCCCAAGGCCGAGGUCUCGCUGCCCAAAGGCCUGGAGGGCGAAGUCGCCCUGCAGGGCCCCGAGUCCGAAGCCAGCCUGGAGGUGGCCGCUGGCAAAGCGGAGGGCGGCGGCAUGAAAAUACACAUGCCCAAAGUCAAGGUGCCCAGCGUGGUCUUCUCCAAGCCCACCAUCAAAUCUCCCAAACUGGAGGCAGACGUCAGCCUCCCGCAGGCAGAGCUCAAGGCCACCGACAUCACUGUCACGGCCCCUGAUGUCAAGCUGCCCUCCGUUGAAGGCUCCCUCGAGCUCCAGGCGCCCAACGUAGAUGUCAAAGUUCCCUCCGCCGAGGGCAAGCUGGAGCUGGAGGGCACGGGCCUGAAAGGCAAGCUCAAGAUGCCCAAAUUUGACAAGCCCAAAUUCACAGUCUCCUCCCCCAAGGCCGAGGUGCCCACAGCCGAGGUCAGCCUGCCCAGCGCUGAGGUUGAGCUGCCAUCGGCCACCGUGACGGCCUCAACCGAGGGCACUGGCGUUGAGCUGCCAUCGGCCACCGUGACGGCCUCAACCGAGGGCACUGGCGUGAAGCUGGAGAAGCCCUCCCUCAAGAUGCCCAAAGCUGACAUCAAAGCUCCCAAGGUGGACGUCACUCUGCCCUCUGUUGAUGUCACUCUUCCACAAGCCAGCGUCGACCUGCAGGCGCCGGAGGCCAGCCUUAGUCUUGAAGGAGAAGCCAAAGUGCCAGAGAAGGAGGUCACCAAGACCAAGGACGGCAAGUUCAAGAUGCCCAAGUUCGGCAUGCCUUCCUUUGGCUGGUCCAGCAGCAGAGAGGCCAAGGGCACCGUGGCCGCCGAGGUGGACGUCAGCCUGCCGGAGCCUCAGGUGACGGUGCCUUCCGGAACCGCCGAAGUGGAGGUGACCCUGCCCGCGGCCGAGAUCCAAGCGCCCAGUGUGGAGGUGACCGUGGAGACGGGCACGGUAGCAGCAGAGGGUGAGAAAGGCCGAUUCAAGAUGCCCGACGUCAAGAUGCCCAGCGUCAAGCUGCCCAAAAUCAAAGCUCCCCAGGCACAGGUCAGCCUGCCCAAGGCCGAAGUCUCGCUGCCCAAAGGCCUGGAGGGCGAAGUCGCCCUGCAGGGCCCCGAGUCCGAAGCCAGCCUGGAGGUGGCCGCUGGCAAAGCGGAGGGCGGCGGCAUGAAAAUACACAUGCCCAAAGUCAAGGUGCCCAGCGUGGUCUUCUCCAAGCCCACCAUCAAGUCUCCCAAACUGGAGGCAGACGUCAGCCUCCCGCAGGCAGAGCUCAAGGCCACUGACAUCACUGUCACGGCCCCCGAUGUCAAGCUGCCCUCCGUUGAAGGCUCCCUCGAGCUCCAGGCGCCCGACGUAGAUGUCAAAGCUCCUACCGCCGAGGGCAAGCUGGAGCUGGAGGGCACGGGCCUGAAAGGCAAGCUCAAGAUGCCCAAAUUUGACAAGCCCAAAUUCACAGUCUCCUCCCCCAAGGCCGAGGUGCCCACAGCCGAGGUCAGCCUGCCCAGCGCUGAGGUUGAGCUGCCAUCGGCCACCGUGACGGCCUCAACCGAGGGCACUGGCGUUGAGCUGCCAUCGGCCACCGUGACGGCCUCAACCGAGGGCACUGGCGUGAAGCUGGAGAAGCCCUCCCUCAAGAUGCCCAAAGCUGACAUCAAAGCUCCCAAGGUGGACGUCACUCUGCCCUCUGUUGAUGUCACUCUUCCACAAGCCAGCGUCGACCUGCAGGCGCCCGAGGCCAGCCUUAGUCUUGAAGGAGAAGCCAAAGUGCCAGAGAAGGAGGUCACCAAGACCAAGGACGGCAAGUUCAAGAUGCCCAAGUUCGGCAUGCCUUCCUUUGGCUGGUCCAGCAGCAGAGAGGCCAAGGGCACCGUGGCCGCCGAGGUGGACGUCAGCCUGCCGGAGCCUCAGGUGACGGUGCCUUCCGGAACCGCCGAAGUGGAGGUGACCCUGCCCGCGGCCGAGAUCCAAGCGCCCAGUGUGGAGGUGACCGUGGAGACGGGCACGGUAGCAGCAGAGGGUGAGAAAGGCCGAUUCAAGAUGCCCGACGUCAAGAUGCCCAGCGUCAAGCUGCCCAAAAUCAAAGCUCCCCAGGCACAGGUCAGCCUGCCCAAGGCCGAAGUCUCGCUGCCCAAAGGCCUGGAGGGCGAAGUCGCCCUGCAGGGCCCCGAGUCCGAAGCCAGCCUGGAGGUGGCCGCUGGCAAAGCGGAGGGCGGCGGCAUGAAAAUACACAUGCCCAAAGUCAAGGUGCCCAGCGUGGUCUUCUCCAAGCCCACCAUCAAGUCUCCCAAACUGGAGGCAGACGUCAGCCUCCCGCAGGCAGAGCUCAAGGCCACUGACAUCACUGUCACGGCCCCCGAUGUCAAGCUGCCCUCCGUUGAAGGCUCCCUCGAGCUCCAGGCGCCCGACGUAGAUGUCAAAGCUCCUACCGCCGAGGGCAAGCUGGAGCUGGAGGGCACGGGCCUGAAAGGCAAGCUCAAGAUGCCCAAAUUUGACAAGCCCAAAUUCACAGUCUCCUCCCCCAAGGCCGAGGUGCCCACAGCCGAGGUCAGCCUGCCCAGCGCUGAGGUUGAGCUGCCAUCGGCCACCGUGACGGCCUCAACCGAGGGCACUGGCGUGAAGCUGGAGAAGCCCUCCCUCAAGAUGCCCAAAGCUGACAUCAAAGCUCCCAAGGUGGACGUCACUCUGCCCUCUGUUGAUGUCACUCUUCCACAAGCCAGCGUCGACCUGCAGGCGCCCGAGGCCAGCCUUAGUCUUGAAGGAGAAGCCAAAGUGCCAGAGAAGGAGGUCACCAAGACCAAGGACGGCAAGUUCAAGAUGCCCAAGUUCGGCAUGCCUUCCUUUGGCUGGUCCAGCAGCAGAGAGGCCAAGGGCACCGUGGCCGCCGAGGUGGACGUCAGCCUGCCGGAGCCUCAGGUGACGGUGCCUUCCGGAACCGCCGAAGUGGAGGUGACCCUGCCCGCGGCCGAGAUCCAAGCGCCCAGUGUGGAGGUGACCGUGGAGACGGGCACGGUAGCAGCAGAGGGUGAGAAAGGCCGAUUCAAGAUGCCCGACGUCAAGAUGCCCAGCGUCAAGCUGCCCAAAGUCAAAGCUCCCCAGGCACAGGUCAGCCUGCCCAAGGCCGAAGUCUCGCUGCCCAAAGGCCUGGAGGGCGAAGUCGCCCUGCAGGGCCCCGAGUCCGAAGCCAGCCUGGAGGUGGCCGCUGGCAAAGCGGAGGGCGGCGGCAUGAAAAUACACAUGCCCAAAGUCAAGGUGCCCAGCGUGGUCUUCUCCAAGCCCACCAUCAAGUCUCCCAAACUGGAGGCAGACGUCAGCCUCCCGCAGGCAGAGCUCAAGGCCACCGACAUCACUGUCGCGGCCCCCGAUGUCAAGCUGCCCUCCGUUGAAGGCUCCCUCGAGCUCCAGGCGCCCGACGUAGAUGUCAAAGCUCCCUCCGCCGAGGGCAAGCUGGAGCUGGAAGGCACGGGCCUGAAAGGCAAGCUCAAGAUGCCCAAAUUUGACAAGCCCAAAUUCACAGUCUCCUCCCCCAAGGCCGAGGUGCCCACAGCCGAGGUCAGCCUGCCCAGCGCUGAGGUUGAGCUGCCAUCGGCCACCGUGACGGCCUCAACCGAGGGCACUGGCGUGAAGCUGGAGAAGCCCUCCCUCAAGAUGCCCAAAGCUGACAUCAAAGCUCCCAAGGUGGACGUCACUCUGCCGUCUGUUGAUGUCACUCUUCCACAAGCCAGCGUCGACCUGCAGGCGCCCGAGGCCAGCCUUAGUCUUGAAGGAGAAGCCAAAGUGCCAGAGAAGGAGGUCACCAAGACCAAGGACGGCAAGUUCAAGAUGCCCAAGUUCGGCAUGCCUUCCUUUGGCUGGUCCAGCAGCAGAGAGGCCAAGGGCACCGUGGCCGCCGAGGUGGACGUCAGCCUGCCGGAGCCUCAGGUGACGGUGCCUUCCGGAACCGCCGAAGUGGAGGUGACCCUGCCCGCGGCUGAGAUCCAAGCGCCUGGUGUGGAGGUGACCGUGGAGACGGGCACGGUAGCAGCAGAGGGUGAGAAAGGCCGAUUCAAGAUGCCCGACGUCAAGAUGCCCAGCAUCAAGCUGCCCAAAGUCAAAGCUCCCCAGGCACAGGUCAGCCUGCCCAAGGCUGAGGUCUCACUGUCCAAAGGCCUGGAGGGCGAAGUCACCCUGCAGGGCCCCGAGGCCGAAGCCAGCCUGGAGGUGGCCGCUGGCAAAGCGGAGGGCGGCGGCAUGAAAAUACACAUGCCCAAAGUCAAGGUGCCCAGCGUGGUCUUCUCCAAGCCCACCAUCAAGUCUCCCAAACUGGAGGCAGACGUCAGCCUCCCGCAGGCAGAGCUCAAGGCCACCGACAUCACUGUCGCGGCCCCCGAUGUCAAGCUGCCCUCCGUUGAAGGCUCCCUUGAGCUCCAGGCGCCCGACGUAGAUGUCAAAGCUCCCUCCGCCGAGGGCAAGCUGGAGCUGGAAGGCACGGGCCUGAAAGGCAAGCUCAAGAUGCCCAAAUUUGACAAGCCCAAAUUCACAGUCUCCUCCCCCAAGGCCGAGGUGCCCACAGCCGAGGUCAGCCUGCCCAGCGCUGAGGUUGAGCUGCCAUCGGCCACCGUGACGGCCUCAACCGAGGGCACUGGCGUGAAGCUGGAGAAGCCCUCCCUCAAGAUGCCCAAAGCUGACAUCAAAGCUCCCAAGGUGGACGUCACUCUGCCCUCCGCCGAUGUCACUCUUCCACAAGCCAGCGUCGACCUGCAGGCGCCCGAGGCCAGCCUUAGUCUUGAAGGAGAAGUCAAAGUGCCAGAGAAGGAGGUCCCCAAGACCAAGGACGGCAAGUUCAAGAUGCCCAAGUUCGGCAUGCCUUCCUUUGGCUGGUCCAGCAGCAGAGAGGCCAAGGGCACCGUGGCCGCCGAGGUGGACGUCAGCCUGCCGGAGCCUCAGGAGAUGGUGCCUUCCGGAACCGCCGAAGUGGAGGUGACCCUGCCCGCGGCUGAGAUCCAAGCGCCCGGUGUGGAGGUGACCGUGGAGACGGGCACGGUAGCAGCAGAGGGUGAGAAAGGCCGAUUCAAGAUGCCCGACGUCAAGAUGCCCAGCGUCAAGCUGCCCAAAGUCAAAGCUCCCCAGGCACAGGUCAGCCUGCCCAAGGCCGAGGUCUCGCUGCCCAAAGGCCUGGAGGGCGAAGUCGCCCUGCAGGGCCCCGAGUCCGAAGCCAGCCUGGAGGUGGCCGCUGGCAAAGCGGAGGGCGGCGGCAUGAAAAUACACAUGCCCAAAGUCAAGGUGCCCAGCGUGGUCUUCUCCAAGCCCACCAUCAAGUCUCCCAAACUGGAGGCAGACGUCAGCCUCCCGCAGGCAGAGCUCAAGGCCACCGACAUCACUGUCGCGGCCCCCGAUGUCAAGCUGCCCUCCGUUGAAGGCUCCCUUGAGCUCCAGGCGCCCGACGUAGAUGUCAAAGCUCCCUCCGCCGAGGGCAAGCUGGAGCUGGAAGGCACGGGCCUGAAAGGCAAGCUCAAGAUGCCCAAAUUUGACAAGCCCAAAUUCACAGUCUCCUCCCCCAAGGCCGAGGUGCCCACAGCCGAGGUCAGCCUGCCCAGCGCUGAGGUUGAGCUGCCAUCGGCCACCGUGACGGCCUCAACCGAGGGCACUGGCAUGAAGCUGGAGAAGCCCUCCCUCAAGAUGCCCAAAGCUGACAUCAAAGCUCCCAAGGUGGACGUCUCUCUGCCCUCCGCCGAUGUCACUCUUCCACAAGCCAGCGUCGACCUGCAGGCGCCCGAGGCCAGCCUUAGUCUUGAAGGAGAAGUCAAAGUGCCAGAGAAGGAGGUCCCCAAGACCAAGGACGGCAAGUUCAAGAUGCCCAAGUUCGGCAUGCCUUCCUUUGGCUGGUCCAGCAGCAGAGAGGCCAAGGGCACCGUGGCCGCCGAGGUGGACGUCAGCCUGCCGGAGCCUCAGGAGAUGGUGCCUUCCGGAACCGCCGAAGUGGAGGUGACCCUGCCCGCGGCUGAGAUCCAAGCGCCCGGUGUGGAGGUGACCGUGGAGACGGGCACGGUAGCAGCAGAGGGUGAGAAAGGCCGAUUCAAGAUGCCCGACGUCAAGAUGCCCAGCGUCAAGCUGCCCAAAGUCAAAGCUCCCCAGGCACAGGUCAGCCUGCCCAAGGCUGAGGUCUCACUGUCCAAAGGCCUGGAGAGCGAAGUCACCCUGCAGGGCCCCGAGGCCGAAGCCAGCCUGGAGGUGGCCGCUGGCAAAGCGGAGGGCGGCGGCAUGAAAAUACACAUGCCCAAAGUCAAGGUGCCCAGCGUGGUCUUCUCCAAGCCCACCAUCAAGUCUCCCAAACUGGAGGCAGACGUCAGCCUCCCGCAGGCAGAGCUCAAGGCCACCGACAUCACUGUCGCGGCCCCCGAUGUCAAGCUGCCCUCCGUUGAAGGCUCCCUUGAGCUCCAGGCGCCCGACGUAGAUGUCAAAGCUCCCUCCGCCGAGGGCAAGCUGGAGCUGGAAGGCACGGGCCUGAAAGGCAAGCUCAAGAUGCCCAAAUUUGACAAGCCCAAAUUCACAGUCUCCUCCCCCAAGGCCGAGGUGCCCACAGCCGAGGUCAGCCUGCCCAGCGCUGAGGUUGAGCUGCCAUCGGCCACCGUGACGGCCUCAACCGAGGGCACUGGCGUGAAGCUGGAGAAGCCCUCCCUCAAGAUGCCCAAAGCUGACAUCAAAGCUCCCAAGGUGGACGUCUCUCUGCCCUCCGCCGAUGUCACUCUUCCACAAGCCAGCGUCGACCUGCAGGCGCCCGAGGCCAGCCUUAGUCUUGAAGGAGAAGUCAAAGUGCCAGAGAAGGAGGUCCCCAAGACCAAGGACGGCAAGUUCAAGAUGCCCAAGUUCGGCAUGCCUUCCUUUGGCUGGUCCAGCAGCAGAGAGGCCAAGGGCACCGUGGCCGCCGAGGUGGACGUCAGCCUGCCGGAGCCUCAGGUGAUGGUGCCUUCCGGAACCGCCGAAGUGGAGGUGACCCUGCCCGCGGCUGAGAUCCAAGCGCCCGGUGUGGAGGUGACCGUGGAGACGGGCACGGUAGCAGCAGAGGGUGAGAAAGGCCGAUUCAAGAUGCCCGACGUCAAGAUGCCCAGCGUCAAGCUGCCCAAAGUCAAAGCUCCCCAGGCACAGGUCAGCCUGCCCAAGGCCGAGGUCUCGCUGCCCAAAGGCCUGGAGGGCGAAGUCGCCCUGCAGGGCCCCGAGGCCGAAGCCAGCCUGGAGGUGGCCGCUGGCAAAGCGGAGGGCGGCGGCAUGAAAAUACACAUGCCCAAAGUCAAGGUGCCCAGUGUGGUCUUCUCCAAGCCCACCAUCAAGUCUCCCAAACUGGAGGCAGACGUCAGCCUCCCGCAGGCAGAGCUCAAGGCCACCGACAUCACUGUCGCGGCCCCCGAUGUCAAGCUGCCCUCCGUUGAAGGCUCCCUUGAGCUCCAGGCGCCCGACGUAGAUGUCAAAGCUCCCUCCGCCGAGGGCAAGCUGGAGCUGGAAGGCACGGGCCUGAAAGGCAAGCUCAAGAUGCCCAAAUUUGACAAGCCCAAAUUCACAGUCUCCUCCCCCAAGGCCGAGGUGCCCACAGCCGAGGUCAGCCUGCCCAGCGCUGAGGUUGAGCUGCCAUCGGCCACCGUGACGGCCUCAACCGAGGGCACUGGCGUGAAGCUGGAGAAGCCCUCCCUCAAGAUGCCCAAAGCUGACAUCAAAGCUCCCAAGGUGGACGUCUCUCUGCCCUCCGCCGAUGUCACUCUUCCACAAGCCAGCGUUGACCUGCAGGCGCCCGAGGCCAGCCUUAGUCUUGAAGGAGAAGUCAAAGUGCCAGAGAAGGAGGUCACCAAGACCAAGGACGGCAAGUUCAAGAUGCCCAAGUUCGGCAUGCCUUCCUUUGGCUGGUCCAGCAGCAGAGAGGCCAAGGGCACCGUGGCCGCCGAGGUGGACGUCAGCCUGCCGGAGCCUCAGGUGACGGUGCCUUCCGGAACCGCCGAAGUGGAGGUGACCCUGCCCGCGGCUGAGAUCCAAGCGCCCGGUGUGGAGGUGACCGUGGAGACGGGCACGGUAGCAGCAGAGGGUGAGAAAGGCCGAUUCAAGAUGCCCGACGUCAAGAUGCCCAGCGUCAAGCUGCCCAAAGUCAAAGCUCCCCAGGCACAGGUCAGCCUGCCCAAGGCUGAGGUCUCACUGUCCAAAGGCCUGGAGAGCGAAGUCACCCUGCAGGGCCCCGAGGCCGAAGCCAGCCUGGAGGUGGCCGCUGGCAAAGCGGAGGGCGGCGGCAUGAAAAUACACAUGCCCAAAGUCAAGGUGCCCAGCGUGGUCUUCUCCAAGCCCACCAUCAAGUCUCCCAAACUGGAGGCAGACGUCAGCCUCCCGCAGGCAGAGCUCAAGGCCACCGACAUCACUGUCGCGGCCCCCGAUGUCAAGCUGCCCUCCGUUGAAGGCUCCCUUGAGCUCCAGGCGCCCGACGUAGAUGUCAAAGCUCCCUCCGCCGAGGGCAAGCUGGAGCUGGAAGGCACGGGCCUGAAAGGCAAGCUCAAGAUGCCCAAAUUUGACAAGCCCAAAUUCACAGUCUCCUCCCCCAAGGCCGAGGUGCCCACAGCCGAGGUCAGCCUGCCCAGCGCUGAGGUUGAGCUGCCAUCGGCCACCGUGACGGCCUCAACCGAGGGCACUGGCAUGAAGCUGGAGAAGCCCUCCCUCAAGAUGCCCAAAGCUGACAUCAAAGCUCCCAAGGUGGACGUCUCUCUGCCCUCCGCCGAUGUCACUCUUCCACAAGCCAGCGUUGACCUGCAGGCGCCCGAGGCCAGCCUUAGUCUUGAAGGAGAAGUCAAAGUGCCAGAGAAGGAGGUCACCAAGACCAAGGACGGCAAGUUCAAGAUGCCCAAGUUCGGCAUGCCUUCCUUUGGCUGGUCCAGCAGCAGAGAGGCCAAGGGCACCGUGGCCGCCGAGGUGGACGUCAGCCUGCCGGAGCCUCAGGUGACGGUGCCUUCCGGAACCGCCGAAGUGGAGGUGACCCUGCCCGCGGCUGAGAUCCAAGCGCCCGGUGUGGAGGUGACCGUGGAGACGGGCACGGUAGCAGCAGAGGGUGAGAAAGGCCGAUUCAAGAUGCCCGACGUCAAGAUGCCCAGCGUCAAGCUGCCCAAAGUCAAAGCUCCCCAGGCACAGGUCAGCCUGCCCAAGGCCGAGGUCUCGCUGCCCAAAGGCCUGGAGGGCGAAGUCGCCCUGCAGGGCCCCGAGGCCGAAGCCAGCCUGGAGGUGGCCGCUGGCAAAGCGGAGGGCGGCGGCAUGAAAAUACACAUGCCCAAAGUCAAGGUGCCCAGUGUGGUCUUCUCCAAGCCCACCAUCAAGUCUCCCAAACUGGAGGCAGACGUCAGCCUCCCGCAGGCAGAGCUCAAGGCCACCGACAUCACUGUCGCGGCCCCCGAUGUCAAGCUGCCCUCCGUUGAAGGCUCCCUUGAGCUCCAGGCGCCCGACGUAGAUGUCAAAGCUCCCUCCGCCGAGGGCAAGCUGGAGCUGGAAGGCACGGGCCUGAAAGGCAAGCUCAAGAUGCCCAAAUUUGACAAGCCCAAAUUCACAGUCUCCUCCCCCAAGGCCGAGGUGCCCACAGCCGAGGUCAGCCUGCCCAGCGCUGAGGUUGAGCUGCCAUCGGCCACCGUGACGGCCUCAACCGAGGGCACUGGCGUGAAGCUGGAGAAGCCCUCCCUCAAGAUGCCCAAAGCUGACAUCAAAGCUCCCAAGGUGGACGUCUCUCUGCCCUCCGCCGAUGUCACUCUUCCACAAGCCAGCGUUGACCUGCAGGCGCCCGAGGCCAGCCUUAGUCUUGAAGGAGAAGUCAAAGUGCCAGAGAAGGAGGUCACCAAGACCAAGGACGGCAAGUUCAAGAUGCCCAAGUUCGGCAUGCCUUCCUUUGGCUGGUCCAGCAGCAGAGAGGCCAAGGGCACCGUGGCCGCCGAGGUGGACGUCAGCCUGCCGGAGCCUCAGGUGACGGUGCCUUCCGGAACCGCCGAAGUGGAGGUGACCCUGCCCGCGGCUGAGAUCCAAGCGCCCGGUGUGGAGGUGACCGUGGAGACGGGCACGGUAGCAGCAGAGGGUGAGAAAGGCCGAUUCAAGAUGCCCGACGUCAAGAUGCCCAGCGUCAAGCUGCCCAAAGUCAAAGCUCCCCAGGCACAGGUCAGCCUGCCCAAGGCUGAGGUCUCACUGUCCAAAGGCCUGGAGAGCGAAGUCACCCUGCAGGGCCCCGAGGCCGAAGCCAGCCUGGAGGUGGCCGCUGGCAAAGCGGAGGGCGGCGGCAUGAAAAUACACAUGCCCAAAGUCAAGGUGCCCAGCGUGGUCUUCUCCAAGCCCACCAUCAAGUCUCCCAAACUGGAGGCAGACGUCAGCCUCCCGCAGGCAGAGCUCAAGGCCACCGACAUCACUGUCGCGGCCCCCGAUGUCAAGCUGCCCUCCGUUGAAGGCUCCCUUGAGCUCCAGGCGCCCGACGUAGAUGUCAAAGCUCCCUCCGCCGAGGGCAAGCUGGAGCUGGAAGGCACGGGCCUGAAAGGCAAGCUCAAGAUGCCCAAAUUUGACAAGCCCAAAUUCACAGUCUCCUCCCCCAAGGCCGAGGUGCCCACAGCCGAGGUCAGCCUGCCCAGCGCUGAGGUUGAGCUGCCAUCGGCCACCGUGACGGCCUCAACCGAGGGCACUGGCAUGAAGCUGGAGAAGCCCUCCCUCAAGAUGCCCAAAGCUGACAUCAAAGCUCCCAAGGUGGACGUCUCUCUGCCCUCCGCCGAUGUCACUCUUCCACAAGCCAGCGUUGACCUGCAGGCGCCCGAGGCCAGCCUUAGUCUUGAAGGAGAAGCCAAAGUGCCAGAGAAGGAGGUCCCCAAGACCAAGGACGGCAAGUUCAAGAUGCCCAAGUUCGGCAUGCCUUCCUUUGGCUGGUCCAGCAGCAGAGAGGCCAAGGGCACCGUGGCCGCCGAGGUGGACGUCAGCCUGCCGGAGCCUCAGGUGACGGUGCCUUCCGGAACCGCCGAAGUGGAGGUGACCCUGCCCGCGGCCGAGAUCCAAGCGCCCGGUGUGGAGGUGACCGUGGAGACGGGCACGGUAGCAGCAGAGGGUGAGAAAGGCCGAUUCAAGAUGCCCGACGUCAAGAUGCCCAGCGUCAAGCUGCCCAAAGUCAAAGCUCCCCAGGCACAGGUCAGCCUGCCCAAGGCCGAGGUCUCGCUGCCCAAAGGCCUGGAGGGCGAAGUCGCCCUGCAGGGCCCCGAGGCCGAAGCCAGCCUGGAGGUGGCCGCUGGCAAAGCGGAGGGCGGCGGCAUGAAAAUACACAUGCCCAAAGUCAAGGUGCCCAGUGUGGUCUUCUCCAAGCCCACCAUCAAGUCUCCCAAACUGGAGGCAGACGUCAGCCUCCCGCAGGCAGAGCUCAAGGCCACCGACAUCACUGUCGCGGCCCCCGAUGUCAAGCUGCCCUCCGUUGAAGGCUCCCUUGAGCUCCAGGCGCCCGACGUAGAUGUCAAAGCUCCCUCCGCCGAGGGCAAGCUGGAGCUGGAAGGCACGGGCCUGAAAGGCAAGCUCAAGAUGCCCAAAUUUGACAAGCCCAAAUUCACAGUCUCCUCCCCCAAGGCCGAGGUGCCCACAGCCGAGGUCAGCCUGCCCAGCGCUGAGGUUGAGCUGCCAUCGGCCACCGUGACGGCCUCAACCGAGGGCACUGGCGUGAAGCUGGAGAAGCCCUCCCUCAAGAUGCCCAAAGCUGACAUCAAAGCUCCCAAGGUGGACGUCACUCUGCCCUCCGCCGAUGUCACUCUUCCACAAGCCAGCGUCGACCUGCAGGCGCCGGAGGCCAGCCUUAGUCUUGAAGGAGAAGCCAAAGUGCCAGAGAAGGAGGUCACCAAGACCAAGGACGGCAAGUUCAAGAUGCCCAAGUUCGGCAUGCCUUCCUUUGGCUGGUCCAGCAGCAGAGAGGCCAAGGGCACCGUGGCCGCCGAGGUGGACGUCAGCCUGCCGGAGCCUCAGGUGACGGUGCCUUCCGGAACCGCCGAAGUGGAGGUGACCCUGCCCGCGGCCGAGAUCCAAGCGCCCGGUGUGGAGGUGACCGUGGAGACGGGCACGGUAGCAGCAGAGGGUGAGAAAGGCCGAUUCAAGAUGCCCGACGUCAAGAUGCCCAGCGUCAAGCUGCCCAAAGUCAAAGCUCCCCAGGCACAGGUCAGCCUGCCCAAGGCCGAGGUCUCGCUGCCCAAAGGCCUGGAGAGCGAAGUCACCCUGCAGGGCCCCGAGGCCGAAGCCAGCCUGGAGGUGGCCGCUGGCAAAGCGGAGGGCGGCGGCAUGAAAAUACACAUGCCCAAAGUCAAGGUGCCCAGCGUGGUCUUCUCCAAGCCCACCAUCAAGUCUCCCAAACUGGAGGCAGACAUCAGCCUCCCGCAGGCAGAGCUCAAGGCCACCGACAUCACUGUCACGGCCCCCGAUGUCAAGCUGCCCUCCGUUGAAGGCUCCCUCGAGCUCCAGGCGCCCGACGAAGAUGUCAAAGCUCCCUCCGCCGAGGGCAAGCUGGAGCUGGAGGGCACGGGCCUGAAAGGCAAGCUCAAGAUGCCCAAAUUUGACAAGCCCAAAUUCACAGUCUCCUCCCCCAAGGCCGAGGUGCCCACAGCCGAGGUCAGCCUGCCCAGCGCUGAGGUUGAGCUGCCAUCGGCCACCGUGACGGCCUCAACCGAGGACACUGGCGUGAAGCUGGAGAAGCCCUCCCUCAAGAUGCCCAAAGCUGACAUCAAAGCUCCCAAGGUGGACGUCACUCUGCCCUCUGUUGAUGUCACUCUUCCACAAGCCAGCGUCGACCUGCAGGCGCCCGAGGCCAGCCUUAGUCUUGAAGGAGAAGCCAAAGUGCCAGAGAAGGAGGUCACCAAGAGCAAGGACGGCAAGUUCAAGAUGCCCAAGUUCGGCAUGCCUUCCUUUGGCUGGUCCAGCAGCAGAGAGGCCAAGGGCACCGUGGCCGCCGAGGUGGACGUCAGCCUGCCGGAGCCUCAGGUGACGGUGCCUUCCGGAACCGCCGAAGUGGAGGUGACCCUGCCCGCGGCCGAGAUCCAAGCGCCCGGUGUGGAGGUGACCGUGGAGACGGGCACGGUAGCAGCAGAGGGUGAGAAAGGCCGAUUCAAGAUGCCCGACGUCAAGAUGCCCAGCGUCAAGCUGCCCAAAGUCAAAGUUCCCCAGGCACAGGUCAGCCUGCCCAAGGCCGAGGUCUCGCUGCCAAAAGGCCUGGAGGGCGAAGUCGCCCUGCAGGGCCCCGAGGCCGAAGCCAGCCUGGAGGUGGCCGCUGGCAAAGCGGAGGGCGGCGGCAUGAAAAUACACAUGCCCAAAGUCAAGGUGCCCAGCGUGGUCUUCUCCAAGCCCACCAUCAAGUCUCCCAAACUGGAGGCAGACAUCAGCCUCCCGCAGGCAGAGCUCAAGGCCACCGACAUCACUGUCACGGCCCCCGAUGUCAAGCUGCCCUCCGUUGAAGGCUCCCUCGAGCUCCAGGCGCCCGACAUAGAUGUCAAAGCUCCCUCCGCCGAGGGCAAGCUGGAGCUGGAGGGCACGGGCCUGAAAGGCAAGCUCAAGAUGCCCAAAUUUGACAAGCCCAAAUUCACAGUCUCCUCCCCCAUGGCCGAGGUGCCCACAGCCGAGGUCAGCCUGCCCAGCGCUGAGGUUGAGCUGCCAUCGGCCACCGUGACGGCCUCAACCGAGGGCACUGGCGUUGAGCUGCCAUCGGCCACCGUGACGGCCUCAACCGAGGGCACUGGCGUGAAGCUGGAGAAGCCCUCCCUCAAGAUGCCCAAAGCUGACAUCAAAGCUCCCAAGGUGGACGUCACUCUGCCCUCUGUUGAUGUCACUCUUCCACAAGCCAGCGUUGACCUGCAGGCGCCCGAGGCCAGCCUUAGUCUUGAAGGAGAAGCCAAAGUGCCAGAGAAGGAGGUCACCAAGACCAAGGACGGCAAGUUCAAGAUGCCCAAGUUCGGCAUGCCUUCCUUUGGCUGGUCCAGCAGCAGAGAGGCCAAGGGCACCGUGGCCGCCGAGGUGGACGUCCGCCUCCUGGAGCCUGAAGUUACAGUGCCCUCGGGACCCGCCAUCCUGGAUAUAUCAUUUUCUGAGUCUGAAAUCGAAGCACCAAGCUUUGAUGUUGCCCUAGAUUCUUCUUCUUAUAAAGAGGUGGAAGCUGGUAAAUCUAAAACUUCUCUGUUUAAAAUGCCUAAAAUUUCUCUUUCUAAAAGUUUCAAACCUCAUGCACAAAGCCAAUCUGGACAUGAUGUUUCUGUUUCUGAAACUGUUUUUUAUCCUUCAACUGAGGAAGCUUCUUCUGUUCCUUCUGAGAGUGUUGAACCUAGAAGCUUUUCUGAUGUUAAGGGGGAGAGUGCGUCUAAAAGUGCUAAAUUCAGAGUUCCUAGCAUUGGUUUCUCUAAAUCUGAAGUGACUUCAUCUAAAAUUGAUCUGGAGUCCUCAUUACAAAAGGGGGAUAUUACUCUUACUAAAUACCAAAUUUAUUUAACCGAAUCAGAAUCAAAAAUAGCACCUCUUGCUGAUGAAAAUCUUUCAGAUUUUGAAAUUUUAAAUGAAGAUUGUUCUGAGGAGCAAGGAGGUUUAAAGCUAGAGAGCAAAACCACAUCUGCUGAAAUAUCUUUGGUUGACACAGAGGUCACAGUUAAAAUUCCUAAAUUCCGAAAACCAGAAAAAUUCAGAAUUCGAUCUAAGGGAAAAGCAUCUGAAACUGACAUUGGUUCCAAUGUGGAAAGUGAAAUUUCCAAGGGAAGGAUAACAUCUGAUAUGACUGGUCCUGAUAUUGAAAAACCAGCUCAAAUAUCUGAUGCCCAUCUUGGUGUAAAGGUACAUAAGCCUUCACUUGAAGUUAUUCUGGAUGCACCAACAAUGGAUCCAAAUCUCUCAUCCAUGGAGGUUACCUUUCCAAACUUAGAAGCAGAAAUCCAUGGCCCAGAUUUAGAGUGCAAGGCAGAACAGGAAGUAUUUACAGGAGAAAAGAGCACUGAGGAGAAAGAAAACAAAUUUAAAUCAUCAAAAUUGAAACUGCCUUCAUUUAGGUGGUCCCCAAAGAAAGAAGCUAUUGCUCCUUCUCAUGUUGAGGAACAUCUGGAAGGACCCACUUUGUCUGGAGACAUGGGAUCUGAAUUAACUUUUCCUACUCCUGAGAAUCAAUACCUUCAUGAAGAAUUUGACACAACAGAAAAAGAUGGUGAAAAGGCCAAAACCAAGAAGUCCCAAUUUACCAUGCCAAAGAUCUCAUUCCCUAAAAUUAAGGGCCACAAAGUACAGGUCUCUCUGCCUGUAGUGGAAACUGAUAUUUCUGGACCCAAACAAGAAAAAGAAGGUGUUUUUGUUCAGAAAUCUGAGAAAGGAAGUAGUGGAGAAGUUGCAGGACUGGGAAUAAAAGUGCCUAAAGUUACAGUCCCAACUUCAGAAUUUUCCAAACCAGAAGCCAAAGCUCCCAAAAUAGAAAUGGAUAUUAGCAUGCCUACAGGUGAGGUCAAAGUUCCUACCUGUGAAGGAGAUGAUCUGACACUGAAAUCAGCUGCUGCUAGUGCCAGCCUCCCCACCUCAGAGAUUAAGUUGAUACCUGAAGGUUCACUUGAGAUGAAGAGUCCUGACAUAAGUGUUGAAAGAACAUCAAGUGAAAUUGCUGCGGGUGAUGUAGAGAUAAAAGCUGGAGGUUCUGAAGGGAAAACAAAAAUGUCUAAAUUCCAAAUGCCAAAGGUAGGAAUUACACUUUCUAAAGGGAAAGGAUCAGAAAAGGAUGUUGGCCAAUCCAAAUCAGAAGUCACGGUUCCCCAACUAAAAGCAACAGUAGAAAUAUCUGACAUUGCUGUUGAAGGACCAGACUUGAAGGUAGAAUGUGGCACAGAAACAAGGACUUACAGUCCUGAAGCCAAAAUUACCAAAACUGACAGUAAGACAUCAGAGGCUGAUGUUCACCUUCCAUCAGCUGACAUUCCUAUUCCAAAAACAGACAGUGAUAUUCAGGAUUCAGAUGCAGCAAUAAAGAUCAAGGGGGAAAUAAAGCAAGAUGGAGAUGGAGAAGAGAAAGAAGGACAUUUCAAAAUGCCCAAAUUCAAACUUCCAUCCUUCAGUUGGUCACCAAAGAAGGAAGCAAGUGUUAAAUCUGAUUCUGAAGCAAAUUUGGAAGACCAAAAGCUUGCUGUCACGUCAAGCAGAAUAGACACAGAAGUGAAAGAAUCUGCAACUGAUGAUCAAGGUAGUGGGCCAGACCUUGAUCUGGAAAUAUCUGCAGGAAAAGUUGAACAAAAAAGUCCAGUUAAAAAGCCUCAAUUUGUCAUGCCUAAAAUUUCACUCUCCAAGAUCAAGGUUCCAAAAUCUCAAAAAGUUGAAGCUGAUGCUACUCUUCCUAAAAGAGAAAUAGAGGGUGAUGAUUCUAUUAAGAUACCUGAUAUAGAAAAAUGUCAUCCUGAAGGGACUGAUGAAGGAGCACAAAUCAAUAUAAAACUGGCUGACACUAUGGUUCACACUCUGGAGUUUUCCAGAGUAGAAACUGAGGCCUCUAAAACUGAAAUAACAGUCAGCUCAGCAAAGAUUGAUGCUUCUUUAACUCCCUCAGAGGGGAGUUUUCAACAGGUUGACUUAAAAAUAAGUUCUACCAAUGAAUGUAACAUUCAAAAAACAGGUACUAAGCUCCCCAAAGGAGAAGCUUCAGUUGAUUUGAAGAGCCCUGAUAUAUUAACAGAAAGCUCAUCAGUUGUGGAUGGAAGAAAAGUGAAACUGGAAGGUCCUGAAGGGAAGAUUAAAAUGCCCAAAUUCCAGAAGGGAAAGUUUGGAAUCUCCCGAACAAAAGGGAAAGUCCCAGAGACAGAGAUCAGCUCUCCAAAAAUAGAAGCUGAGCUACCCCAACUAAGAACAACAAACGAAAUUGCUGACAUUGCUGUGGGAGUUCCAGCAUCAGAACUUAUAUCUGUCAUGUCAGAUCUUGGAGUAGUUGAUGGUAAGAUAAAAACACCCCAAGCUCUGACAGGUGGCAUUGAAGAUGCAAAGGUAGACAUAAGCACCAAACCAAAGACAGAAGGGGUUAGUGAGAGUCUUGAGGAGAAGGAAAUCAAAUUAAAAGAACAUGAAAUAAAAGCUGAAGAAGUUCAGACUGAAGAACAUCAAGGAUGGUUUAAAAUGCCCAAAUUCAGAAUACCUGGAUUUGGCAGGUCAUCCUUAAAGGAAAAGAAAAGUGAUGCCGAUAUUGAAAGAAGUAUGGAAAAAGCUCAGGCAACUAUUCCUUCUGCUAAAGUACAAACUGAAACAAGUGCUCCUGAAAAUACGUUCUCAUUACCACAUGCAGUUGCUGAAAUUACUAUUGGAAAAGAAGGGAUUCAAAAAUUAGAAGAUUCUGUGAAGAGUUCUAAUAUUAGCUUGCCAAAGAUUGAAGGAGAUAUUUCAUUAUCCACAGAAAGAACAGACAGUAGAGUGAGUAUUCCAAAAACUGAAACUUAUGCAGACGUAGUUAAGCGCAGUGCUGAAGGACAUACUUCAGAAAUCACAGUGUCUGCAGCAGAAUUGUCUAAAUCAUACCCAAGCACUUCAGAAACUGACAAAGACAAGAGUUCAACACAUAGGUUUCCUUCGUGUACUCUGACAUCUCCAGAGCAUAAAGGCAAAUCACAGGAUAUAAAUGUCCCAAAGGUAGAAAGUUCCAUGAAGUUAGAGACAUCAGGGGUAGGAUGCAAGCCGUCAUCAGCUGAAAUUACUCUGGAUGCAACACAGAAGAGAAUAGAUGUUAAUCUUCCAAAGGAAGAGCUAGAUAUUCAAAACAAAGAGGCGGCAAUUAAAAAAGGAAAGAUAAAGGGGGAGGUGAAAAUCACAGGAAAAGACAGUGAAGAAAGUCAAUUAAAAAGGACUACAUGUGAAUGGUCUACAGGAAAAGGAUCAGAAGAUGGUACUUAUGUUACUGCUAAGCUGGAAGAUCUAAAGGUGGAAGUUCCAACAUUGAAGACGGAUGUAAAAAUUACUGGAGUAGAUCCUGAAAUGAAAUUUCGAGUGAAGAGUGUUGAAAAGGAUGUGUCUGCAGGAGUGGAAGUGCAAGUAGGAGACAGAGCAGAAACAAGUAAAAUAAAAGCAUACAAGUUUAAGAUUCCAAGGUUUGGAAUGUUGCAUUCUGAAAUCAAGGGGUUUGAAGAUGAUACCAAUUUGCCAAAGUCAGAAGCUGAUUCAGCACCUGAAAGUGAAAGAGGCACAGCAGAAAUGCAGUUACAAAAACUAGAAGGAUCAAUUGGCCUGAAAAGUCCAGUUCUAGAUUGUAUAGAAGCAUCUGCCAGAGUAACAGGGGAAACAGUGGACCAAACACAAGGUGUUCCAGAAGUAAGUGUAAGAAUUCCCAAACUAAAAAUACCAAGAUUCACUUUCAGAACUCCCCCAAUUGAGGCUGAUGUUUUACUGUCAAAAGUAGUAACAGAUCCAAAGGGUUCUAGUACUGACAUUGAAAUAGUGCAACUGCAAGCAAGCUCUGCUAUCCCUGAAGAAACAGCAGGAGCUGUAGAGUGGGGUAUUCAAAAAGCAAAAAGCAAAAUUAUGACACUGACUGAACCUGACAUUAAAACAGCCCAAAUGACAGCUACCAUAGAGUCCUCCCUUUCAAGUGCAGGGCAAGACAUUCAUUGGUCUUACAUAGAGGGCCAAGAAGUAAGUGAAAAAGUAGAACCUGAACAUGUUGCUAUUGAGCGAUGUGAGAUUUACACUACUGAAAUAGUGAAAGAGUCAGAGAUUCUGUCAUCAGAGGUCAGAACUGCUACUUUGGGAUUCUCAUUGCUCAAGGCCAAGUUGCCUGAAUCUCACAGUGAUUUAGAUGUGCAGGUUCAGCAGCCAUCUCCAACAGGAGAUGCAUCAGUGAGAAAACCUACAGGUGCUGGUGAAAGCUUUGGAGUAGCAGCACAGGGAAGUGGCAGUGCUGAGCUUAAACUAUCUGACAAACCACACCGUGGGUCUGAAGAAUCUAGAGGAAAAGUAAGUCUGUCAAAGUUAAAAACAUCUGCUGCUGAAGUAAAGGGUUCCAGUAAACUUGAUGAGAGUUUUCCUGGUAAAUCACCAGAGGGAAUAACCGAAGCUCCUGACUCUGAAGAAGAAAAUGUAGUUGAAGCAGUGGAAGGUGAAGAAAAAGACAUAACCAAUGAGAAAGAAAAGACUGAUAGUAAAAGAUCUCCUGGAAGAUUUAAAUUUUGGCUUCCAAGUAUUGGCUUUUCAUCUUCUGGGGAUGAAACAAGCAUAGAUGCAAAAGCAGAAAUAAAAAAAUCAGUUCCAGAAGAUGUGAAACCCGCUGACACAUCAGAUGAUUCCUCUAAGCAGGCUGAAAAAGCUGGAUGGUUUAGAUUUCCCAAGCUUGGUUUCACAUCUCCUUCCAAAAAGGCUAAGUCUGUUGACAAAGAAGAGGUGGGUCAUAAAGAGGGGACACUCUCGGAUGAAGAUAGCCCAACAGAUAAGCCAGAUGUGUUUUUUGAUGCACAAGAAAGCUUAUCACCUAAAGAAAUAGGAGAAGGUGAAAAAGCUGAAAUUGAUGGGGCCUCAUCUAUUGUGACAUCUUCAGCAAGAACUGAACUAAUCUUGUUGGAGGAAGAAAAAGAUAGUAAAUCUAAUAUUGUUGGAGAUACAGCCAAAUGAAGGUUGUAUUUUCUCAAUCCUCAAUGAAAACAAAAUCAUCCACAGAAAAGAAUGUUUUCCUAAUUUUCUACUUCUGAAAAUUAAAAGUCAAGGUUGGUAUUCAUGUAAAUACUUGAACAAAUUUUCAAGUACAUGGAUGUACUAGAUUGUACACUAAUAAAAAUGAUUUUUUCAUAUCUGCCCCAAG